AUGGCGACCAACGUCGCCCUCGAAACCACAAUGGGCACCAUAACCUUAGAACUCUACACCAACCACGCCCCACUUACCUGCAAAAACUUCCUCACCCUCUCCGCUCGGGGGUACUACAACCACAACCCAAUCCACCGAAUAAUCCCGAACUUCAUGAUCCAAACGGGUGACCCGACCGGGACCGGUCGCGGCGGCACCUCCAUCUACAACACCUCCACGACGGGGCACUUCGCCGACGAGAUCUCCCCCGAACUCCGACAUACCGGCGCGGGGGUGCUGAGCAUGGCCAAUGCCGGGCCUAACACCAACGGGUCGCAGUUCUUCAUCACGCUCGCUCCUACCCCGUGGUUGGAUGGGAAGCAUACGAUCUUUGGACGGGUCCGGAGCGGUAUGGGUGUUGUGAGACGGAUGGGGCUGGUGAGGACGGGCGCGGAGGAUAGGCCUGUGGAGAAGGUCGAGAUUAUCCGGGCGCGGGUGCUGGAGGAGGGGGAGGGGGAGGGUGGCGGCGGGGAGGCUUGA